AUGGUAGUUGGCACCGAUGGAUAUAUUCUUAGUGUGCUUGGUCCAUAUGCAGCUGAUGGGAAGAAUAAUGAUGCAUCCAUAACUAAACAUAUGCUUUCAACAAAUUCUGAUGAUAUUAACAAUUGGUUGGAAGCAGAUGAUGUUUUCAUUGUGGAUAGAGGCUUUAGAGACUCAAUAACCUUUCUUGAAAAACAUGGUUUUCAUGUAGAAAUGCCAGCUUACCUGGAAAAGGGGAAAAGACAACAUGAAGUAGAAGAUGCUAAUGUAUCAAGACUAAUUACUAAAGUGCGGUGGGUUGUUGAAUCGUGCAACGGAAGAAUUAAGCAGUGGCGAUUUUUGGAUAAAGUUGUUUCAAAUCAUUAUGUACCCCAUAUCGGGGAUUUUGUGCGUAUUGUGUGUGCGCUAUGCAACAAGUACCGGCCAGCACUGGCAUCUCAUGAUCCAGAAGGUGAGAGAAUUGCAUCGUUGAUGCUAGAGAGGAGUCGGCAGGGCAACCCAGUCAAAGAACUGGUUGAAAGAGAAAACCUUCUUAGAAGGAGGAAUGUAUACAUUCCAAUAACUGAAGCUGAUGAUGUAAGCUUUCCAGUGCUUUCACUGGAUGAACUUAGGGAUAUAACAAUGGGUGUUUAUCAACUAAAGUUGGCACCAGCAUAUGUUGCAAAUCAUGUCGAUAGUGACAAUGCCUAUCAGCUUUUCCUGUGUAAGGAAGUGGAUGAUUUAAUCCGAGUGAAAAUCCAGUCUCGGCAUGUCGGCUCACUCUUGCACACUUUGUGGGUUCAGUUCACUGAGGUUAAGGUGACAGGAUGGUACUGCACUUGCAAAGUGGGUGCUAGAGUUGUUGGAUGCUGUGCACACAUAGCAAGUGUCAUUUGGUACCUUGGGUAUGGCAGACACCAAGACAAAAUGCCAGUUUCCAGCAACACUAGUGAUGCGCUCUUGAAUGCUGCAGUUCUUGACAGUGAUUCAGAAACUGAGAUUGAUGACCUUGUGGGUGAAGAGUAA